UCGGGAUCCGGGGGGCGGCCCCGGGCCGGGCUUGGGCGGGGACCCCGGGCUGAGGCAGGAAGCCGGAAGCAGCGGCGGCCCCAGGUCGAGAGACAUGGCGGGCGUUAAAGCACUCGUGGCAUUAUCCUUCAGUGGGGCUAUUGGGCUGACUUUUCUUAUGCUGGGCUGUGCCUUAGAGGAUUAUGGCGUUUACUGGCCCUUGUUCGUCCUGAUUUUCCACGCCGUCUCCCCCAUUCCCCAUUUCAUUGCCAAAAGAGUCACAUAUGACUCUGAUGCAGCCAGUAGUGCCUGUCGGGAACUGGCAUAUUUCUUCACUACUGGAAUUGUUGUUUCUGCCUUUGGAUUUCCUGUUAUUCUUGCUCGUGUGGCUGUGAUCAAAUGGGGAGCCUGUGGCCUUGUGCUGGCAGGCAAUGCAGUCAUUUUCCUUACAAUUCAAGGUUUUUUCCUUGUAUUUGGAAGAGAAGAUGAUUUUAGCUGGGACCGGUGGUAGCACUUUAUUAUGACAGAAUGCAUUGAAUUUCUUGGCAUUUAUAUUCUAGGUAUAUGUGUGCACAUGUGGCAUUUUACUAUGAAAUUUAAUAUGCUGGGUUUUUUAUACCUUUAUAUCAUGUUCACUUUAAGGAAUACUUCUUGAGUAAAAGAUUAGUUUUUUUUCUCAGCAAAUAGACCUCGCAAGUUUAGAUUAUGUUACUUGUUUGCUGUUCAUAUAAUCAUGGUGCUCUCAGAAAAUAUGUUAGCAGUGUCUUAUAGACAGCUGCUCACAUAUGCAGUGGGUCUAAACCUUUUGCCUGGGGAUGUGCUGUGGGAGGCAGGUGGCCCUGAAGCAGGUCUCUCAUGGCCCAGACAGGCAGAGGUGGCUCCCUCUUUGUGUUGCAGACCCUUGCUUCUCCAAGUGUGGCCCACAGACCAAGAGCAUUGACAUUUCCUGGGAGCUUAUGAGAAAUGCAGAAUCAGAACCCCCUCCUUACCCCCAUUCCAGUACAUUUUGAUGAGAUCCAAGCAAAUCGUACGCACAUUAAGGUUUAAGAAGAGUUGUCAUAGAGGAAGAAAUGUUACACCUAGCUUCCUUGUCUGCCCCCUGGCUGAACCACUUAACCUCUCUGGGUGUUGCCUGCUCAUUUGUAAAAAAUGUCUCACCUGCCCUCAUGUUGAGGAUGGGUUCAGACUCUUGGUGUUGUGAAGUGUUCAAACCUGUAAUAUAGGGUCUGUUCCUCAAAUCUGUGAAAACUCUUCUCGGAAUGGGGAGAUGAUAGUCAAAGGAUGCCAAGCCUCAGUUAGAUAGGAGGAAUAAAUUUUUUUUUUAAGAUCAAUCGCACAGCAUGCUGAGUAUAGGUAAUAAUUGAGUACUGUACAUUUUUCAUAUUGCUAAGAGAGUAAAUUUCCAGUGUUCUCAUCACAAAAAAUGUUAAAUAUUUGAGGUGAUGUUUCUGUUAUUAAUA